AUGCUUGCUACUUUAUCACGUAGAAUAGUUUGGAUUGUAGGUAUUCUUUUUGUUAUUUUUCAAUUGAAUAUUGAGCCAGUUUCUGGUGCCUUAAUUGGUUGUGCUGCCGAAGCAAACUUUCAGUCUUGUAAAUCGACUGAAUUGAAUCUACUUCAAAGCUGUAGUACUAUUGAUUUCGUUUGUCAAUGCAGUGCACAGAAAUUGAUACGUCAAUGCUAUAAUCUUUGUCCUGAAUACAAUAUAGAUGCUGAUACACAAUCUAGAAUUGCUGACAGUGUUUGUUUUUCUAUACCCAAGAGUACAGUUUCAAAAAUUCCAUUACCUACAGGGUCGCGUCUCUUUUCACCUACUAGUAUCAUCGCUGCAGCUACCAUAACCCCUACUUCUACUAAAGCUGCUCUUCCCUCUUUAUUGUAUUUAAUUGUAUAA